CGUGAUUGUGUACAUGGAUGACAUUUUGGUGUAUUCGAGUUCCUACGAAGGGCACAUGCAACACAUCGAAUGGGCGUUGCAUGCGUUACGAGACGCUGGUUUCAAGGUGGCGUUCGAGAAGUGCCGGUUUUUCCUUACCACCAUUUCCUUCCUAGGACACGUGGUAACAGGCCAGGGACUUAGAUCGGAGCCGCAGAAGGUGGCAGCUGUCAGAGAUGCGCCGGUGCCUACGACUAUUACGCAGGUGACGUGGAUGCGGACCAGCGAGCAUCCCGCGUGGCUCGAAAAUCUGGAAUUGCUGAUCAUACAAGCUUGGAGGACUAACAUGGAGGGUGAUCUCCUCGGUUUUCUCUUCGGAUCGGUGCGGCCGGGACAUCGCCAGCUAAUUGCUCAAGAACUCAUUGCGCCGAUCGUGCAACUGGCGGACGAUCUCUCUCCUGACAUCGUUUCGCAAAGCGACAACAGCCCCGCUCCGCACGUACUCCCGCGAACGUUGGAUCCGUAUCUUCAGUGGAGUGCAUGCUUGGAAGAGCCUGGGGACGAAUCUACCGUCGCGGCAGGAGUAUCUGAAGCCAUACGGCAUCAUCAAUCACGCUUUCUAUCCGAAGGCGGAGGAGGUGGUGAUACCGUGAUAGAAGAAGAGGAAAGUGACGACGACGAGGAAACAUCGGAAGAGGGAAACUAUAGCGAUUAUAGCGAGGGCGAGCAGAGCGAAGAAGAAGAAGAAGAAGAAGAGGAAGAAGAAACCGGGUCUGAGUGGGAAGCCUUGCCGGAGGAAGCGACGCGUACUGGCACGGAGGCGGAAGAUCCUGAGGCAGCACGCAAGCGAGAAGAAAUUGCCACCGGGAAACGCCAGCUGGAGUUCGCCAGCGGAGCAAGCCUGCGCAUCGGUGACGAUCCAACCAGGGAUCCGGAGCCGUCGAAGCCUAAAGAUGGCGACCCAGCAGCCGCCACCCCAAGCAUCUCACGGCGGAGACGGAACCGAUCCUCCUCCCCCUCCAGCCCCACCCGUCCCCCAGUUCGUCCACGUACCGAUGCGGGGGAUAGGCCUUCGUCCCCGGACAUUAUCCCGCCGUCCCCUUGAUUACCUCACCAUCGAGCAAAUCCACACCCCCGU